ACGACCCGUGGCACUGUUCCUCGCUAUGCGCCAUUCGCAAUCCUAUAACUACGACGGUGUUCCUCUGGAAAACAUUAAGGUUGAACCCCCAGUCGAUACUGAGUCGGCUUUUCGCCAACAGUCGCCGCCCUCCACUCCGUUCUCUCCCCAGUCGGUCCACGCUAGUUCGGUUACACGAUCCUCGUCUUACUCCAAACGACCAGCAUCGCCAGUUGCCUUCUCUCCUUAUAGGCAUUCAAAUCCGAACUUGUUUCCAAUAGAUCCCACACUUGGUACAGAGUCUUCCAGCAUGUCACAUCCAUAUGGUCAAAGACAUUACUCUGCUACUCCGCCAAGUGCAGGAUCAAGCCGACGAAGUGGAAGCGGCGAUCAGCAUACUGCCGCCUUUGGUUAUUCCGACACAUAUGUUCAGGGAACCUCGAGGCAUCCAGCAGCAGCCACGGUGAUGACUUCAAGUUUGUCAGGUGCAAUGGGUGACAUGGGCGUUCCGCCUAACCUUGCCGUAUCAAUGACAACUUCGCCCUCUGGCAUAGCGUGGACACCCCAAUCCUCUCUCCCCGAAGGUUACAAUAUGGACCCUUCGUCCUUUAAUCACAUGUUUGGUUCUCCUCCUACCCCUUUGUCCGCAGAAUCCGCCCAUGGUUCUUUCCUACCAUAUAAUGCCUAUAAUACACCUGGCUUUCCCUCACCCUCUGACGCACAGCAGCCCGUCCACCCUGGAUACGUGAACCCUGGUAGAUACUCCACUGCACGCCAUUCGAACAUGCAACCUUCUGUUGUCGUUCCGUCGCAGUCCACAUCUUCAGUACCCGUUCCAAUGGUAGUUUCCCCUCCCCCUGACUCGUCUAGCUCUAUGAGUCAAUCUCGCAGCGUGGAAGAGGAGCUUCGUCGUCUCAGACUACAAGUCCAGCAAUUGGAUGCGCAGAAGAAGGCAUUGCAACGUGAACUCCACCUUGCCCGUUCUCAACCAUCUACAUCCGCUGCUGGACUCCCCUCUCCCAUUCCGACACCUACCUUCGCUCAAAGUCCUCAGGCUUUCCAGGAAUCGUGGCGUGCUCGGAUGAACGCUCGCAUCAAGCUCUUCUGCUCAUUGAAUCGAGCCGGAAAUGCUUUGUGCGCGUGGCACGAUUCUCGCCGCGAGCGGCGCCAAUAUCCUCCGAGGCACGCCCCACCUGGUUACCUCAACUGUGGGUGCUCUUUCGAGGAGGCACUUUUCGAAGAGAGCCUUGCUCGCCAUGGCGUUGGUAGCUAUCAUCCCGGAGAAAGCGUCAGGAUGGAUCCUGCUCUGAGGAACCCUCUCCUGAAGUGUCUUCAGGAUCGAUACGGUUACCAAGACGGGGACUUCGAACGCGACCCUGUUACUGGUCUUUGGAUCGAAGGGGAAGGUCCCGGCAAGUGGGAAGCUAAGCUCGCUGCCGGCACUACGCCCAAGAAAAACCGCGGCGAAGAACGCCAUUAAUUAUAUUAUUUCCAUCUAGUGGGUCUCUUCUAUACUAAUCGGCUUGAUACAUCUUUCUCGCUCGAAGGAUUUCCUCUCGUUAACUCACACUAUCUCUACUUAAUCAUUCGUUUUCAUUCAGGGUUCCUUUCCCCGCUGUCUUCAUAGUUCUCCUCAUCAUAUGUAUUUGGCAACCAUGCUUAGACUUCUGUAUCUUAUAUCCUAGCACUUCUGUACCGAUGUCGGUAUUUACUGUAUCCAUAGGUAUUCUCCCCGCUCCUAGUAUUUAACAGUCUGUAUCUUUACUCUAUACAUGCAUAUGCACCCUUUACAUGCACCUCGCGUUGCGAGUCGUAGGCGACAAGGGAAACUUCAGAGUGAAUCU